CCGAGCCCGGCACCUCAGCUGCCCCGGCCAUGGCGUGCGGAGCCACUCUAAAAAGGACUCUGGAUUUCGACCCGCUGCUGAGCCCAGCGUCCCCAAAGCGGAGACGAUGUGCGCCAUUGUCGGCGCCCACCUCGGCCGCCUGCUCCCCGUCGUCCGCGGCCGCGGCCACCGCCGCCUCCUUCUCGGCUGCCGCCGCCUCGCCGCAGAAGUAUCUCCGAAUGGAGCCGUCACCCUUCGGCGACGUUUCCUCCCGCCUCACCACAGAACAAAUUCUGUACAACAUAAAACAAGAGUAUAAACGCAUGCAGAAGAGAAGACAUUUAGAAGCUAGUUUCCAACAGACGGAUCCAUGUUGUACUUCUGACGCACAGCCACAUGCAUUUCUCCUCAGUGGACCAGCUUCACCAGGGACUUCCUCUGAAACAUCCUCACCAUUAAAAAAAGAGCAGCCCUUAUUCACCCUACGGCAGGUUGGGAUGAUCUGUGAACGCUUGUUGAAAGAACGUGAAGAGAAAGUUCGAGAAGAGUAUGAAGAAAUACUGAACACAAAACUUGCAGAACAAUAUGAUGCAUUUGUGAAGUUUACACAUGAUCAAAUAAUGCGACGAUAUGGAGAACAGCCUGCUAGUUAUGUUUCAUGAAUCACAUUUUCUGCAUUUGUGGGCUGCCUUGUUCCUUGUUGAGUUGUUGCAAGAGGUCCCAAUUAUGACAUGCAGCAAUGCCAACACCCCCCUGUGAAUACAGGUUAUUUCAAGCUUUUGUCAGUGGCAACCACUCUUAGGCAGCAACUGGUUUUGGAAAUUUCCCUGAUGUCAGUACAACCUGGAUGUGGACCUUUGCUACCUGUAUUAAUACCAGUGGCCUCAUUUGCUGUAUCAUUACAAUUUGGCUUCUUAUAUUAAUAUGUUUGAAAAGGAUUAAAGCUGGUAUUCUAAGAACAUGCCCUUCACUGGUUGUGUAAAUAAAACUGUAGAAUGACACUUCAGAUGAAGUUAGUGUGAUUUUAAUUGUGCACUACAACCAAGAUGUAACCAGUUAUUAAUAAUUUAGAAUGUAAUCCCAGGACAUUAUCAAGCAAAUAGCCUACAAUGCUUCCUGUGAAAUAGUGGAGGGCAUUUCUGUAUUCCAGGACUUCUUGGGGUUUCAGAAUGGGUUUAUAUGAUUUUUCUCUCUCUCUCUUCUCUCCCUUCUCUCCCCCUUUCUCUCCCCUUCUCUCUCUCUCUUUCUCUGUAGUUUUUAUUUAUUCUAUCAGUCUUUUUAACAAAUGUUUAUUGCUGCAUUUUCCCCGUGUAUCAUUGUUUUACUGCCCUUGUAGUACUGGAAUUUAGUUGGAAGAAUAAAACAUUUACUUCUAACCUGCUUGUUUUUUAAUAUACAGAUGGGUAGUAUUUGAAUAAAGCCAGUGUUUUAAAUGUGAGCAUUUUCUAGUAAUCAAUGAAGUUAAUUUUCUAAUAAGGUUUAAAAAUCAAUCUUUUCAUUUACCGAAUCUAAGGAAAGUGCUAUUUUCAAAACCUGAGUCUGAUUCCAAAUUGCUUCUCUUUUGACUGCAUAAUACAAUGUUAUAUAACUGAUCAGUUUUAACAGCU